UAUUUUGCAAGCUUAAGCAAAACCUGCUAGAUAAACAUUGUGCUUUAUGAAUGUGUUACCAGCAGCAGCAGAAAAACUCUUCAUUUUGCACAGCUCUUUGUAUUACGCAUGCAUAUAUUGGAACGGAAUCUUUUACCCUGUGAAACCGUCUACACAAACUUUUGUUAACUUGUUGCCUCGAGCUGAAAACGCAGAAACAGAAAUUCGAAAAUAAUAUACUUCCAAAUACAAACCUGAUAUCUUCUAAUUUGCAAAGGGUGUGUUAUUCCUCCUAGGGAAGCGAUAAUUAGAAGAAUAAUUUUAACAACCUGUCGGGACGAUCAGGCGGAUGUUAAUUGUGAGCGUGCGUUGAGCACAUUGGGCAUCUACACUCGUAUAAAAUUCCGCGCGUGAUUUGGUUUGGUGGAAUUAUCACCGUUAAUCGAAUCAACAGUAUGGAUCAGCCACUAUCUGAACGUCAUAUUACAAAUUCUCAAGGACUAAAUCUGUUUUGCCGUUAUUUCCGGCCGGAUUCAGUUCGCUAUCCAAUCCCACGCGCUGUGAUCCUUUAUUUGCACGGUUAUGCUGAAUAUUUCGGAACGGACGAUGCAGUCAUAGACGGUCUGCUGGAUGCCGGUUUCCUCGUUUUCGGACACGAUCACGUUGGUCACGGUAAAAGCGAAGGAACUCGCGGGCAAAUUAAAAACGUGGAUACGUAUGUCCGUGAUGUUUUGAUCCAUAUUGAUAAAGUGCGUGGAUCGCUACCAGACGUGCCGUUUUUUAUAUUGGGUCAUUCAAUGGGAGGCGCAAUAGCACUUCUCGCCGGUAUCGAAAAGCCGAAUAUAUGCCAGGGCAUGAUUUUAAUAGGCCCAAUGAUCGUUGGUAAUCCGGAAACUGCUACACCAACAAAGCGAUUUUUGGCGAAAAUCUUUUCAAAGCUUACGCCGAAUUUAGGUCUUGCAAAUAUUAACAACGACGACUUAUGUCGGGAUCGCGCUGUGGUUGAUCGUUUUAAUACCGACGAACUGAUUUUUCGAGGAAAACUUAGUGUGGAAACCGCACAUGUGUUACUAUGCGCCGCUGACCGAAUUGUGGACAACAUGGAGCGGAUAACAUGGCCCUUGCUGUGCAUCCACGGUGACACGGACCGAAUAUGCGACGUCAGGGGAGCUGAAGUAUUGCUGGAAAAGGCCGCCAGUGUCGAUAAAACAGUUUCGAUAUAUCCCGGCUCUUAUCAUCGAGUACAUAACGAACCGAACAACGUAGGAACGAAAUGUGUCAACGAAGUCAUCUCGUGGAUAAACGCACGCAUCCCCUCCGGAAACAAUUGAAAGUUUAUUUUUACAACGGAUCGGAAAUGGCAAUACAAUUCUGAAAUCAUGAAUUUUCUUCCAAAGAUUUAAUUAACCCUAAACGAUUCCUUCCGUGUCACGAACGUGAUGCUCAUGCGCCAAAAGGGCAAAACGCAAAUAAUUAUGAAGCACAUAAUUGUGCAGUCUAUUUUUGUCUACAACUCUAAAUAAUUUUAAAUUGCCGAAAAUAAUCUUUGCGCAAGCAUAAUAGUUAUAAAUAAAACUAUAGAUGCGAUAAAGCACAUUUAACCCAUCACUCGUAUUAAUUCGAUUUUUUAUAUCUUUGAUCAAAAAUAACUACCAGUAGGCGGUAGU